GAUUCAGAAUCGUCAUGCCGCCUGUGGGAAACACGAGGUCGAAAUGCUCCGGCAGUUUCGCGCUCUGGCGAAAUCUGAGCCUCCUUGUCUCAAACACGAAGCUGUAGAUACAGAGCUCGACGUCGGUCUCCAGUUUCUCGGUUCGGAAGCAGGGUAUGAUCCUGAAAACUUCAGUCCGUUCCCAUCCUGGGAGGUGAAUGGGAUUAAAUGGUCAGAUUUAGAAGACGAUGAUGCCAUUCCAUACAUUUCUUCGCCAAGAAACAGCAUCUCAGAGGAGAAAUGGAACUCUGCUGACAAUGUUAUAAGGAGGAGCCACUGUCCUGAAGAAACGGUGAUGGUUCCAGUAGUGAGAAGGGCUCUGCCUCAUCACGAGAUCAAUAGCCAGGAGAGGGACUCUGCUCUCUCACGAUACAAAGAGAAGAAGAAAACGAGAAGGUAUGAGAAGCACAUCCGGUAUGAGUCACGCAAGGUUCGGGCAGAGAGCAGGGCCCGAAUCAGAGGGCGCUUUGCUAAGGCAGAUCCAUGAAGCAUCCAUCCACUGGUGCCUCUUCCUCUUCAUGAUUGAGAAAUUUCAAAACAACUAUUUGUUUGUUUUAAGACAAUGAACGCUCUUACAAGUUACAACCUUUGUUUUUACU